AUGAUUACUGUCUUACAAGAUCAGAGUGAGUUGCGCUUGUACUAUGAGCAUGACUAUGUAGAUAACCUUAUACAACUCACUAAAGGGAAGAUUAGGGAUUUGGAGAAUAUUGAAGCUGAAAGGAGGGAACGUGAAGCUGCAGAGAAGAGGGAGCAUGAAGAGCUUCAGAGGAGGGAACAAGAAGCUGCACGGGCAAGGGAAAGAGAAUUUAUUGAAGGGAUGGCCAGACCUAGUACCGUGUACUAUGGAAAUGCAAGUCAAGUAAGGGUAAGGAAAAAAUCACUUGCUGUGAAAACAAAGAAGAAAAAGGAUAAAGGUAAUGACAAGAAAUGUGCUGACAAGAAGAAGAAGAGUAAUGACAAGAAGAGGAAAAGUACUGAAGAGAAUGAAUCUGUUAAGAGGAGGCCAAAUUACAAGAGUAAGGAUAGAUUCAAUGCUACACCACAUGCUGAAUGA